CUGCCCAUUCCACAAUUCCAGGUCGGCAUAUGCGCUUGCAUUGUAUCUGUGCAACUGAUCGGCUCAAUCAUUUGGUUACUUGUCGAUCCGCCCGGGACCAAAAUUGUGUUUCCAUCUCGAACGGAAGCUGUAUUGACGUGCAAAGCGACUGCCUCUCACUUGCUCGUCUCGUUGCUGUAUAACCUGUUGCUAAUUGUCGCUUGCACGGUGUAUGCCUUCAAAACGCGGAAAAUUCCGGAGAAUUUCAACGAAACUCGACACAUCGGUUUCACCAUGUACAGCACUUGUAUACUAUGGCUGUCUUUCGGACCUAUUUAUUUCGCCACUCAAAAUAAUUUUCGGGUGAGUACUUGUACCUGCUACCUCCGAUCCACUCCUUUUCUUGCAAUUGCUCUUCAACUCACUAUAUUGCAUGUGUAUAUUGUAUUAUUCCAACCGUAUAAGAAUGUCAGAACGAGGCAAUCGGCUGUCGGACGACUAGUGAAUCAACAGAUGCGGUUCAUGAGUCAAUUGACGUGCAAUCAAGACGGAUCUCCUACCUACAAACCUAUCAUGUCAACCUCAUCCAAUCCCUCAUAUCGACCCGGAUGCAAGAAGCACUCUCUUCCGGAAACCACCGAGAACAACUGUCCGGAUUUACUAGCGGCGAACGAUGUCCGCCGAAGACGUCCUGCGAGUCUAUACACAACAAUGCCGGACGUUGUUCGACCGCUUCCGAUUACGGUGAAAGUGCCUCCAGGAGCGACUGAGUGCGACUCCCAAGUGGCACUCAUUCUUGAAGAGAUCGCCACCGAUCCUCAUGUCACAUUCCUCUAG